UAAACUCUUUUUCAAACAAGAAAAAUGAUUGCAAUGAGUAUGACAUUGUUUUUACUAUAUCCUUCACGUUUAGAAGUCUUUUUCCUAUAUAUUUUUUAUUAUAACCUAAUGCUUUUGCUUCAUUUUUUUAGCUAAAUUUACUCUUUCAUUUGAAACUUCUCAAAGUGUGGUAGAAGGAUUUUUCGUCCAACUUACUUUAUAUAGUUUAUGCUUGUAUUGAUCUCACAUUGUGCCUUUUUAAUGAAUUUAUUUAUUUUCAAAAAAAAAAAAUUGUAGUAAAUAAAUCAUAAAAAAAAUAAAAUAAAACUAGAACUAAAGUAUAAAAGUAAAUUUGUACCAAAACUACCGUUCAAUUCACAACCCGAAGUUUCGUAAAGAAACCCCCACCGCACCCGGCCGCCGUCACGCUCCAAUCUCCGUCGCCCUCGACCUCCUUCAGCUCGCCCCUUCUCAAUUUCGACCUAACUCAGGGUCAGGGUGGACAUUAGAACAGUGUGUUUGAGUUUGGAGAGAUAGUAGUGGAGUGUGGAGGCAAAUCCUGAAAAUUAUUGAAGAAGAAGAAGACCACACAAUGCAACAGCAACAGCAGAAGAAGAAGAAUUUUAGAAAGAGAUGCGUUUCCCCUGAACCUGAGACCGACGAAGGCCAAGAUGAACAAGAAAGAAGAAUGGCUUUGGAAGAGGUGAAAUUUCUUCAGAAGCAGAGGCAAAGGAAGUCGGGGAUUCCUGCAGUUGUCGGGGGUGAAAGUGCUUUUGAUAUCAAAAAUGGCAUUAGUAAGAAGGCGGUGGACGACACCCAAUCUCAUCGCCAUCAGUAUCAGUCUAACUCUAAGGCCCCUGCCGAUCCCUCAGAUGUCGACAAGGACAAGGAUGACCUCGUUCUUCAAGACACUUUUGCUCAAGAAACAGCCGUCAUGGUUGAAGAUCCCAAUAUGCUGAAGUAUGUUGAACAAGAAUUAGCAAAGAAGAGGGGCAAGACAAUGGAUGCAACUGAUCAAAUUGAGAAUGAUUUGAAGAAUGCUGAAGAUGAACUCUACAAAAUCCCUGACCAUCUCAAAGUAAAGAAGCGAAACUCGGAGGAAAGCUCCACUCAGUGGACUACCGGGAUAGCUGAAGUUCAGCUUCCCAUUGAAUACAAAUUGAAAAAUAUUGAGGAAACUGAGGCUGCUAAAAAGCUUCUUCAGGAGAAGCGGCUCAUGGGCCGGACUAAAUCUGAAUUUAGCAUCCCUUCAAGUUACAGUGCCGAUUACUUUCAGCGUGGAAGGGACUAUGCUGAAAAACUUCGAAGAGAGCAUCCUGAGCUCUACAAAGACAGGAGCUCACAAGAAGAAGGUGGUGGUGCACCCAGACAAGCCGAUACUGGCACAGAGGCAGCUGGACAAAGGCAAGCUGCAACUGAUCAAUUUAUGCUAGAGCGCUUCCGCAAAAGAGAGCGCCAGCGGGUUAUGCGCAGAUGACAUGGUUUCUUGUGUUCCUCUAUUCUUCUACUAAUGAUAUCUGGUCCUUGAUUAUCAACAAGCCCUUUGACCAUUUGGUGGAUGCUUCAUUGGAGUUGCUGAAUGAAUCUCUGCUCCUGCCUUCGGGGUUGAAGAGCGUUGCGGUUGCAGUUCCGGUUCCAGUUCCAGUUCCACACAUUAUGAGAAGACUUUUUGGCUACCACACAACCGACACUUGGUGCCCAUAACUUACAUCACUCUAUGUCAAACGUGCAAUUUCCCUCAUUUUCAAUUAAGGAAAUCUAACACAUACCUUUGUUUUCUUCUUCUUAUUAUUCUAAAUAAGAUUUAAGCGCAAAUUUGUUUGAAAA